AUGUCUGACGAUACACCAAUCAAGUCUAUCUUCGAUACACCAGUUAAACCAUCCACUGCUCCGAAAAAGUCACAGUUUGAACGCCAAAAAGCCGAAGCCGAAGCAAAACGGCAAAGAGAUAAGGCCGAGACAGCAGCUGUUUACAAGGACUUCGUCAAGUCCUUUGACCAAGAUACCAGUUCAUCCCCCCCUUUUAAUAUCUCUACCGGACGGCCUACCCACCAUCAUGUAGGUUCCGGCGCGGGCCACGCGAGUGGUGGUCCAUCCAAACGACAUUUCACCGGCCCGUUGAUGCGGAGCUCAGCAUCAGAAACCCUCGGAAGACCGCCUCCCUCUUUCUCCAAAAAACGGCCAUACGAUACACUAAGAGAGUCUCAACGGGACCGGGAUAAACCUCGUGGAAUAUUUGCGUUUGAGGGUUCGCGCCCUGGGGCGGAUUCGAUAAAUGCAUUUCAAGCAUCAGAUGACGAGGAAGACAGGGUAGCCGAUAAGAAGGAGGCGGAGAAGGCGGCUGCUAAGCCUACAUUGCAUGUAUCUUCUCUGCCUCCGGGGACGUCACCGGCUGUUAUAAAGUCGCUGAUUCCACCGGUCUUGGUCGUGGAUAACGUGAAGAUUUUACCACCGCCACCACCGUCCGUUCAUGGGGGUAAUGAGCGGAGAAUAUGGUCUGCUAUCGUUACGCUGGCGCACGAUACUGCUGCCACGGAUAUGGAUACAGUAGUGAGCUCGUUACAGAACAAGUAUUUAGGCUGGGGGUUCUAUCUGUCGAUUUCUCGCCAUCUGUCCUCUGCAGCUAUCCAUUCGACCACCCCAAUUACACCCGGCAUAACUUCACUCACAAACCAGCCUUUUGGUGCUCGCGUUAUGACCCGUGAUAGCCAUUUUGGACGUGGCGGGCCUCAUCGCUCUGGAAUUGCGCCGCCGUUGUCAUACGGCGCCGGAUACGGGAGUCGAAGUAACCAGGGGCUUCAGGUCGACGUUAAACCGCCAUCAGACUUGAGGCAGCUAAAGCUGAUCCAUAAAAUGAUAGAGAACCUAUUGACAUUUGGGCCCGAGUUUGAGGCCUUAUUGAUGAGUAGGGCAGAGGUUCAAAAGGAGGAAAAAUGGGCGUGGAUCUGGAACCCGAAAAGUACAGGAGGAGUGUGGUAUCGAUGGAGGCUAUGGGAUAUAUUAACGAAUCCUGAAAAACGGAAUGGAAGAGGACGAGGCCGCGCGCCAUCGACUGUGAUAUUCGAAAAUGGCCCUAGCUGGGCAGAGCCAGAAAGAAACUUACAGUUCGAGUUUACCACUAAGCUUGAUGAAUUUGUUUCCGAUGAAGACUACGACUCUUCUGAUGAAGAUGACUCGGACCGGGAGGAGGAAAAAAGGUUGAGUGAAGCCACAAAUGAUACAGCUAAUGACGGAGCAGGUCAUUUAAAUCCCUUGCAAAAGGCAAAACUCACGCAUUUGUUGGCGAGGCUUCCUACAUCACACUCAAAGCUUCGACGAGGCGACGUGGCUCGCGUCACCGCAUUUGCUAUUAAACAUGCUGGGGGCGGAGGGGAUGAAGUCGUUGAUAUGAUUGUAACGAACGUCAAUAAACCGUUUGCUUACACUUCUGCAAACCCUGAACGACAAAAGGAUGAGAAUGAAGCUCGUGGAAUAAUAGGCCAGGACGAUGCUGACGAAUCUACGAAUGUCGAUACUGGUGGUUCUGCGGAGCGGAGCAAAAAGUCGAACUUGGGCGAGAAACUAGAUAUGUCAUCGGCCAGCCUUGUGGGCCUCUACAUCAUAUCAGAUAUCCUCUCCUCGUCAUCUACAAGCGGUGUACGGCACGCCUGGCGCUAUCGACAACUUUUUGAAAAUUCCCUGAAGCAACACAAAACCUUUGAAAAGCUAGGCCGGAUUGAAAAGGAGCUUGGAUGGGGCAGGCUGAAAAUUGAGAAAUGGAGACGCAGUAUCGGCAUCCUACUCAACCUAUGGGAAGGCUGGUGUGUUUUCCCACAGGCCAGUCAUGAAGCCUUUGUCAAAUCCUUUGACCACCCACCGCCUACUGAAAGGGAACAAGCCGAAGAAAAGGCGCGUGUGGCUGAAGAAAAGGAAGCCGGAGUGUUUGGUGGGAAGGGCAAAAACAAGUGGAAGGCCGUUGAAGACAAUGGUGAUGCCGCGCAGUUUAACCCAGCUGACUCCACGGGUGAUGGGGAUCCCAUGGAUUUGGACGUCGACGGUGCUCCGAUUCCUAAUGAUGAUGAUCUAUAUGGCGAGCCCAUGUCUGACAUUGACGGGGUCCCUAUGGAAGACAGCGACUUGGAAGAGGCUGAGGAGGCUCUUCGGGGUCAAGACGAGUUAGGCAGCAAACAGGCUCAAGAGUUGCCCCUAAAAGAAGAUCCGGUCCCCGGCAAGGCUCCUUCACAACCCUCUGAGCCAGCUCAGUCCACCUUAAAACGCCGUCGACCUAAGGCUGAAGAUAUGUUUGCUGACUCGGACUCGGAGGGUUGA